AUGAACUUAUAGUGGAAUCCUUAUUUCAUUCCAAAAGAAAAUAUUUCUUAACUCAAUGUAUCUAUCCUUAUUAAUUAAGAAUAUAUCAUUUAUGAGAUUUGAUGAAAAUUCACAAUAACCAUUAUACAAUAAAUAAAUUCAAUAGCAUAAAAAAAUAUAGAUUUAAGUAAAUACUUAAUUAAUAUUUAGCCUACAUUCUAACCUGACUGUAUAAAAUAUAAAAGAAAUAAAAAAUAAUAAAGUUGUGUACCAUUUUAAAUGAAUGUUCCUCAAUAAACUUCUAAUCAAACUUUAACAAAAGUAGCACAAUUAAGUUUAAAACCAAUAUUCAGCAAACCUAAAAGCAUCUAAUAAAAUAUAUAGAAUGAAAAUCUUAAAGGAUCAGCUAUUUGGGAGAGAAAGGAUUUUCAAAAUUAAUAAAUUACUUUUGAGUCUUUCUUAAAGGAACAAAAUCUAUCUAGAAAUAAUUCAAUAGAACAUAAUAGCAAUAAAUCUCAUUUUAAAAAGAAUCAUCGUUAAUAUAGUCAUGUUGUUUAAGGAAAUUCAGGUGCUUAUUUUAUGAUUUCUAAUAUACAAUAAAAUAAUAACACUAAUACUACUAAUUCAUAUUAUUCUAAUUGUGAAAAGUAAUAAUAUAUUGAAAAACAUAUAUAGUUGUAAUUCACAAAGAGAAGAUAGAAAAAUUGAAACAAUAAAUGUUCCUAAAUUUUAUAUUCCAGAGGAUAAUUCUAAUUAAUUUAGUGAAAGAACAAUUAAAAAAUAAAGUCCUAAUAACCUAAUAAAAUAUAAAAAAAAUAAUAGGUGUAUAUCUAUGGGAGAAUAAAAGCAGAUAGGACUUACAUUAGAAUGUGAUGAAUCAAGCAUCACAAUUAUUAGUGAUAAUAUUAAUACUGUAAUACCUAAUCCUACAAAUUUUAAGAAUAAUNAUAAUAAUCACUAAAUUACAAUUUUAUAAAAAGUGGACUUUUAAGUUUCAAAAUAUAAUUGA